UCAAACAUCGAGAGAAAAAGAUGGCGGUAACGUUGAAAAUUCUCUAUUAUAUAGACAUCACGGGAGCACAGGUUAGAGCCACCUCACUCCGGUGAAGAAGAGGAAGAAGAAGAAGAAGAAGAAGAAGAAGAAGAAGAAGAGAUGGCGCAGUCCCUGCUUAAGUUGUGUCUCAUCUUCUCCCUCCUCUGCUUUGCCUCUGCUCAACUUCGCCGGAACUUCUACGCGCAAACGUGCCCCAACGUCGAAGCCAUCGUUCGGGAUGCCGUGGGCCGCAAGCUCCGGCAGACAUUCACCACCGCCUCCGGCACCCUCCGCCUCUUCUUCCACGACUGCUUUGUUCAAGGAUGUGAUGCGUCGGUGAUCUUGGUCUCUACGCCAAACAACAAGGCGGAGAAAGACAGCCCGGAUGACAUAACGCUGCCAGGGGAUGCCUUUGACACGGUAAUCAAAGCCAAGGCAGCCAUUGAUGCCAUCCCUCAAUGCAGGUUCAAGGUUUCCUGUGCUGAUGUUCUUGCCAUCGCCGCCAGAGACGUCGUUGCCAUGACCGGAGGACCAUUUUUCGAAGUUGAGCUGGGGAGAAGAGACGGCAGAGUUUCGAGAGAAAGCGACGUCCAUGGCCAUCUCCCGCUGCCCGAGUUCAAACUGGACCAGCUUGUCUCCAUGUUUGCCUCUCACGGUCUCACUCUUGAGGACAUGGUCGCCUUGUCCGGUGGACAUACGAUCGGGUUCUCCCACUGCAACCGGUUCACAAACCGGUUGUUUGACUACAGCAGGAGGUUUCCGGUGGAUCCAAGCAUGAACGCGACGUACGUGAAGCAAUUGCAGGUACAGUGCCCGAGGAACGUGGACCCAAACAUAGCGGUGGGAAUGGACUCGGUGACGCCCUUCGCGUUUGACAACCAGUACUUCAAGAACCUACUGCAGGGGAAGGGCAUGUUCACUUCGGAUCAGGUUCUCUACACGGACCCGAGAUCCAGGAAGAUCGUGGAGCUGUUUGCGAGGAACAACGAGGCGUUCAAUGUGGCUUUCGCGAACGCCAUGACGAAGCUGGGAAGGGUCGGGGUGAAGACGGGGAACGAGGGAGAGAUCAGACGUGACUGUGCCUUGGUCAACUAGCAGACCUCGCUUCUUAAUUAAUCUACUACAUGUACAACAUCUCAUUCUUCUUCUUCUUCCCCCCUUGUCUUGUUUUUACUCUUUAAUAACGAAGAUGGUGACGCUUCAUGGA